UGUGCGCUGCCUCUGGCCAGCGCUCUCUACUCUUGCACCAAUUGGAAGGCGGCCGCGAGGGGCCCCCUCCCCGCUCACCCCUCCUCCUCGGCUGCCCAUUUGCGGAACAUGGAUCCCCCACCCUAAGCAAGCUCAGAAGGGGAGGACUACAACUCCCAGCAUGCCACGCCCCGUAGCUCAAGGGGCCACUGAAAAUAAGAGUGGCGAGUUGUAUGCUGGUACUUGUAGUCUUGUCGCGGGACAAUAAUUAAUGCGUCCACUUAAUAUUAAGUAAAUUAUUAUUAUAGUCAACCCGUUUAAUUGGGUUUCAGGCAGUGUCUGGGGCUAAAAAAAUCCACCAGCUGGAGUCCCACUGACCACCAGUUGCUAGGCAACGGUAGGUAAACAUUCGCCGCCAUCGUGCUUUUAGCCUUGUAGUUUUUUACUCCUCCCUGGACCAUUCGAAUACACGAAUGAGGACGGCUGAGUCGACUACAAAUCCCAGAAGCCUCCGCGCCCCCACGCUGCGGGCAUUAUCUGUAGAGAACCAAGUAGUCUCCGCUGCAGGUGGACUGUGCUGAUUCUGCUGCGGCUCCCAUAGCGGACUCUGCAUGGUGAAGAUGGCCAGCCCAGAAAAACAUAUUGAAAUAGUGGUCCAGCAGCUUAACAAAUUUAAUCCUGAAAAUGAGAGCACAGAGCAUCUCUUGGAUGAGUCAGCUAAGGUUUUACAGACCCUUAAGGUGACAGAUGGAGCAUUUGUGUUGGAGACUCUAGCUGGAUGUAUUGAAUAUAAACCUUUAUUGGACAUAGUAGUCAAUGCAUUUUUUGUUCGGGAUGGGAAGCAUUGCCUGUUUUCUGAGCGCAAUCUCUAUGUGGUUAUUUGCUAUUUGGCCACUUUUCAACUGGAGGAGCUUGGUCUUCAGCAAUUCAGCAGAAUUAUCAAAUCUCUGGACAUUGCUAAAAUGCAUAAGUUUCUUAGAUUCUUCUUCAAUGUCUUGAAUUUGAGCACAUGGAUAAAAGAUGAAUGGAGUCAGAUAUAUGAUUCUUUUUAUGUAAAAGAGAACUGGAUCGAUCCAUUGCUAGGAUGGCAGCCAAAAAUAGAACAACUGAUCAAGCAACUUGCUGACAAAUUAGCUAAUCGUGUUACCACUGUAAAGACUUCGACGGUCACAAAGCCAAAGGAAUUUGAUUUGACCACUCCUAAGCCACGAGCCAUACCAGUACCUGAGCCAAUACCGUUACAGGAGAAGCAUCAACCUGUUCCUCAGAGCACCUACAAACCUCCAAAGGAAAAACAGCACCUGCAGGAAAUCAAGUAUAGAAAUCGCCGAAGAGCAGAGGAACUGCUGCUGGAAGCAAAUGUUAGCCAGUUCAGGUGUGCAACAGUAAAGUCUGAGAAAAAAGCCCCAAGAGGUUAUAUAUCAGGCAUUAUGAAGAAUAAAACGAAGUUCCAGGCUCAAAAGAUCCAGGGCAAUAUUGACAAUGUACCUAUUAAAUUAAAUGCAGCAGCGAUCUUAAGAGAAGGUGCCCUCUACCAGCGAAAAAUGGAACAAGAACUCAACAGACUUGAAAGUUUGCUACGAGGUGCACAUGACCCAUCUGAAUUCCUGGAAUGGCAAAAACAGAUGCGUGAAAAAGAUUUGGAACAACAGCUGGCUGAGAUAGAGUGUAGGAGGCUACAAGGGAAACUGAGUCACGAGGAGGCAGUUCUAGCACGUCAGAAUGUAAUUCAGGAAAACAAGAAGAAAGCUGAACUAAAGAGAGAAGAGACAGCAGAAUUGAUGCACCAGUAUGCAGAGAAACGUCUUCAGGAAGAGAAGGAAAUGAAAGAGUUGGUGGAGCAGGUAGUGGAAGGACAUAAAAAUGUGAAGCAAGCCCGAAUGAAGCUUCAGAAGUACAAACGACAAAUAGUUCAGGAAGUGUCUGAAGAGAGCCGAGAACUUCUUCGUCGAGCUCUGGAAGAAGAGGAGGAGAAGCUUAGGAAAAGAUAUGAAUUGAUUCAACAGAUAAGAGCUAUAGAAUCUCUGCCAUUCUUUAGGAACAAGUUUGUUGACUUAACCCAGACUGCUGGCUAUGGCUUCAGUGGUGAAAUGUCAAUAGUGGAACUGCGUGAACGUCUAGCUUUACUGAAGGAAGCACAGAAGAAGGCAGAGGAAGAGAAGAGAGACCAGAUAAUACAUGAAAAACAAGCCAAGGAACAACUUCUUCUAGACAAACUGGAGCAGAUUUCCCUGUUCAGAGCAGCACUUGGAAGAGCAGCUGCAUUAAAGCAGGAAGAGAAGAAAAUAAAGUCCCAGUUAACUGAAGGACCUGUGAAAGAUGAACGUGUUUUAGAUCUGCAGAAAAAGAUUACAGAGAAGACUAUGGAGCGUAAAAAGCAAGCUGAAAUCUUAAAGAUUACACGCCAGAAAGAUGGUGCAGGGCCAGGGAGAUCUUGGGAGUCAUAUGAAAACUCUCUGCAAGAGCCCCACUGGAAAGAGUUGGAGGAGAGUCGGGAACAACAGUUCAAGAUGCUUCAGAAUGGCUUAAUGUCCAGAGAAACAGCUCAGAAAAUGACUGCCUAUCAGGCUGCAAGAAUUGGAGCCACUUCUUGUAUAUUGAGAUAAUACGUAAAAUGAAAUGACUCGGGAAAAAAUCCAGACCUGGUGGAGAUGGGAGCACUUCCUACUGUGACUGCUAAUGCCAGGGUUGAAUUUAGCCCUCUUUCUCAUAUGUGUAGGCUGCAGAGUCAAAUUAUGGUUGGCAUAUCUGAAGCAGAAUUUGGUAACUUGUAUUUUAAAUGUGUGUUGAGACAUUUUUCCAUUUAGAAUUAAAACAUGUAAUAGAUUAAAUAUUUACUUUGAAAUUUGUUUGUGGUGACAAACUAACAGGUAAGAAUGUUGUAGAGAGGACUUUCAGUGUAUACCCUGCCAUUGUUAUAUGCUAUGCCAGUUGUUUGCUACGUUCAUUUUCUGAAAUAAAAAGUAAAAAUAUGUGAAACAAACAGAAUUUUUACUUCUGCAUUUAGCUCUUCACAGGAUGUGAUCAACCAGAGUUUAGAACAGGGAUCAAUGAUCUUACAAUAAGUACAGAAUGUGAUUACCUGCCCAUACCAGCAGUCAACCAGUUUCAACACUGGUUGUGGAGGAGCUAGGGAGGAAACCAGGUUUGCAUCCCAGGGCCCAAUACAGGAAAUUUCCAAGUGCAGUCAGGCUCUCUGCCUCCCUUGUAAAACUGAGAUGAUUAUAAUGACUUAGGCCCCAAUUCAGUAUGGUACUUAAGCAUGGGCCUGACUUUAAGCACAUAUUAGUCCCACUCAAGUGAAGUUGCUCAAGAAGCAAAUUCCCUUCAUCUCAAAGUGAUGAUAAGAGAAAGUAACAUUCCUUAUUCUCUUUAGAGAGCAGUUUUCAGAAGCAAUCAAAACUCUGUUAGUCACCUAAAAUUAAUUUGACAUCUAUGAUCAUUUCUAUGCUGUUUCCAUAAAUGAACCUUCAAGUCAUAAGGCUAUGUAGGCAUAAUGCCAGAGGGAAUGUAAAUCUCAAUUAAAAUCUGUGCAGCAGUGAGAAUAUGUAAUGUAUUUCUAUCUUAAAUUUGUGCCAGUUACAAGAUAUUUAAUUAUUGCCAUUGCAAAUAUUGAAAAUGAAUCAGAUUGUAUCUGACAUUAAAUACAGGGAGCUGCUUUUAAUGCUCAUACAGCAUUACAAUUCCUUCCUUUUACCAAAGGAAAUCUAAUGGGUUAAGGAAUUCUU